AUGGUCAAGCUUCUCUUCAUCUUUAGCCUCGCCGCCCUCACGGCUGCGAUUCCCGCACCUGACACUACGUCGGACCCCCAACUGAUCCAUUCCGACUUCUCCUUUGAGAAGUGGGUGGACGAUAUCAUGGCAAACCCUGAUACUGCUCUCACGGUCGACCAGGCCCUUGCAGCCCACAAUGCCACUAUCCACGCCAGAGGACUCGUCGGCAGACAAAGCGGCGUGAACUGCGAUAAACUGACUAGAAAGCGGGCCAAAGGACCGGCAGCCGUGUGGUGCAUCAACCACCUCGCCCGCCGCGGCCACAAUGGCGAUAAAUGCAGCGCUGGCUGCUCGGGAGUCACUAACUGCCAACACGGCCAAUGCGAGAUUGUCUCGCAAACGGGAAGAUGUGGCGAUAGGAAAGUCAACUGCAACGCUGUUGCUCGGACUGCUGGCGCUGUCAUGGAUAAAUGCUUCCGGGCUGAUCAAACGGUUGCUGGGAAUGCUUAUGGGCCAAGGCCUAAUGAUUGGAUGUAUGUGCAUCUUCAGGGCGGCGAUUAG